AUGGGCAAAAGCGCUCGAUAUCGUCCGAAAAACAUAAUUAUACCGGGCAAUAGCGACACAUACACAGCUGAGUUACGUGUCCUCGACGCACCGAUUGUUCUCCGAAGACUCCGAAUUGUCCCACUUUCCAACAGUACACGUACCGUAUGUUUACGACUGGAAUUGUAUGGAUGCCCGUACGAAGAUCCUCUCCAAUCAUACUCAGCUCCAGCCGGCUCCUCAGCGAAUGGAGUCAGCUUCGUGGACUCUUCUUACGAUGGUAGCACUACGAAUUCCGUCGCCAGUGGAGGCUUGGGACGCUUAAGCGACGGUAUGGUUGGUGAGGAAACGGAGAUUUCUCAUCCACAUAGAUGGGUUGGUUGGAGAAGAGAUACUAAUGAAGGUAAUUCCCCAAUUAUUCAAGUCUCCCGUUUUACCUAUUUAAUUAGCGCUUUAGGGGGACAUAUCAAUCUUCUUUUUACGUUUGGGGAACUGAGAAACUUCUCUUCCAUCAACAUUCACACGUUGUUUUCGAGGAAGUUGAAUGCAAAGGGAUUCUCCAGGAUAAUGGUGUCCUUUUCCGCCAAUGGUGUAGACUUCUCCUCGCGCAUACAUGAAUAUAUACCUGAAGAAUUAACAUCUACAUCGUGGAUACACGUUCCUAUCUUUGGCCGUAUUGCAUCAACAGUCCAGCUUCGCCUCUACUACGCAUCGGAGUCGUCAUGGAUAUGCAUAUCGGAGAUUGGUUUUACGAGCAAAGAAGUUCGCUACGAUCUUUUGCACUUUGCUGAAGAUGACCAUUCAGAUAGUGUGACGUUUUUCGCUGUUAACGAAUCCAAUUCUGACGGAAUACUUGGAACCAUGGUGCUUCUUUGCUUGCUUUUCCUAACGCUCGUAUUCCCCGUCACCGUAUUUUGUCUCUAUCGCAAACGAGACAAGAUUCGAACAUCCUCACCGCCGCAUGGUACUCAUCUCACCUUUGAUGGAACAGUAUUCAAGUCUGUUUCACCUUCUACAUAUCAAAUGGCUCGAGACAAUAUGGAGAACACUUUGCUAGAAAAGUGCCCAAUGAUCAUGAUUGCUUCAGAAUACGCCGAGCCCGACUUUAGCUGGUAA